ACUCCACGUACACCAUAAAUUGACGCCACAAUACUUGCCCUUGACUCACGAAAUCAUCCUUAUCCACCAUUUCUUAAACCCUUUCAAAAUCAAUUUCUCUGCGCAGUUUCUUAAUAACACAGUCACAAAGAUGGGUAUGAUAUUUGGAAAAAUCAGUGUGGAAACCCCGAAAUACCAAGUGGUGAAAGCAACCACAGACUACGAGAUUCGAGAAUACCCACCGUGCGUGGUAGCACAAGUCACAUACAAUCCGACCCAGUUCAAGGGCAACAAAGAUGGAGGAUUCAUGCUCCUCGCUAACUACAUAGGCGCGCUUGGGAACCCACAGAACAAGAAGCCUGAAACCAUCGCCAUGACGGCCCCUGUCAUCACUCAGAAGUCCGAAAAAAUCGAGAUGACAGCGCCUGUUGUGACGACAAACAGUGGGGGUGAUGGAGGGAGUGAGGGUGUGAUUGUGAUGCAGUUUAUAUUGCCGGAUAAGUAUAAAAAGGCUGAGGAAGCUCCGGAGCCGGUGGAUGAGAGAGUGGUGGUGAGGGAGCAAGGGGAGAGGAAGUAUGCGGUGGUGAAGUUUAGCGGGACUGCGACGGAGGAAGUGGUGGCGGAGAAGGUGGGGAAGCUGAGGGAGUGGCUGGAGAGAGAUGGGGUAAAGGUCGUGGGGGAGUUUCUGCUGGGGAGGUAUAAUCCGCCCUGGACUUUGCCAAGGUUCAAGACCAACGAGGUUAUGAUUCCCGUUAACUAAACUAGACUUAAAAGUUAGCGAGGUUACAAUUCCUGUUGAUUGAACUCGACUUAUAAGUUAAUUUCUUAUUCUUCUCGUGAUUGUAUUAUGUGUGUAAUUUAGUCUCUUUUUUUAAAAACGUUUGCAAGUAGACUUGGGACCUUUUAGUCCCCAAAGCUCAAGCAUGAGUCACUGGAACAAUAACCGCUUUACUUCAUUGUCAAUUCUGUCAUAGACAGAGAUGCAUUCUUGCAGCCUGGAGGCACUGCAAGGCCAAUGAAAUGUUGUGUAUUUGACUUCUUAA